UCCUUGGCGUAGCGGUGCUGCUGUGGUCGUCUGGGUUACACCCCAGCCGCCCUUAGUGCAGCCGGUGCUGUAGAAAUGGAAAGGCGGACAGCAAAGCUCUUCUAGGAAGGGCGGAUGGAAAUGACGCUGGGUGCAGCUCGGGGUUGGGCUGUAGUUGUGGGACCGGAGUUUCGUCCUCUCCCUGGGGACAGGGCGUGGCCUGGCCUGGUCGUCUCUGGGGCUCUGUUGCCCUCUUCAGGGGGUGGGGGGAACUACCAUGAGGGGCCCUGGCUGAGGGGUGGCGCUUGCUGCAAACACCAGUUCUCAGUGGACUCCACGCCUGCGGUUGCCUGCGGUUGCCCUUCGCGUGCCGGUUUAUUCAGGAAUCUUAAACUGAUGGAGGAGCUGGAGCAAGGCCUGUUGCAGCAGCCAUGGGCAUGGCUACAGCUCACUGAGAACUCCCUCUUGGCCAAGGCUUAUAUCACCAAGCAGGGCUAUGCCUUGCUGGUUUCAAAUCUUCAGCAGGUGUGGCAUGAGCAAAUGGAUACUAGUGAGGUGAGCCAGCGAGCCAAGGAGCUGAAUAAGCGCCUGACUGCACCCCCUGCGGCUUUUCUCUGUCAUUUGGAUAAUCUGCUUCAACCGUUGUUGAAAGAUGGUGCCCAACCUGAUGAAGCUGCUUUCUCCUGUGAUCAUGGGGCAGAGGCACUGAUUCUCCGAGUGCGGAGCGAGCUCUCUGGCCUCCCCUUCUAUUGGCGUUUUCACUGCAGCCUGGCUAGUCCUUCCCUGGUCUCCCAACAUUUGAUUCGUCCCCUGAUGGGCAUGAGUUUGGCAUUGCAAUGCCACGUGAGGGAGCUAGCAACACUGCUUCGAAUGAAAGAUCUAGAGAUCCAGGACUACCAGGAGAGUGGGGCUACACUGAGCAGAGGUCGAUUGAAGACGGAACCAUUUGAGGAAAAUUCUUUCUUGGACAGGUUUUUGGUAGAGAAACUACCAGAAGCCUGUGAUGUCAGCGAUGGAAGGCCCUUUGUUGUGAAUCUGCAGAGUCUAUAUGUGGCAGUCACCAGACAGGAACUCCAAGUGGGACAGAAGCAUCCAGGUGCUGGAGAUCCUGAGACCUCAAGCAGUGCCUCCCCUGGAGGAACUGAUAGCCAUCUUCUGAGCCAGCCAGAACAGCCAGGCUCUUCAGAAGCAUCCCUCUCAGCACUUGAGAAAGAUCCCCUUGGUAUAGCAGGCCUUACACAGAGACCUCAGCUCUCAAAGGCCAAGCGGAAGAAGCCAAGGGGUCUCUUCAGCUAACCUGUCAUGGUCUCUGCUGCUGGCAUGGACCAGCAUAGUUUCCAAGCAUCCCUGGGAUAGGAGCUACAUGGCAGAGUACCUCUCAGGCAGACUUAUGGUCAGAGGCGACUGUUGGGGCAAGAGGACAAAGUCCAUGUCGACAGGCCACCUGAAUGGGACUGUUACCCAAGCGAAGCUCUGUUCUGGCCAGUCUGGCCUUCCCUGUCGAAGUGGAAGCUUGUGUCUGGGAGCCCAGGCUUUCCUCUCUUUUGGUGGAGGUUCUUCAGCCCCAGGGGUCUGCCUCGGACUUCAGUGUAUACAGCCAGUGUGCAAAAUGUGCAACAUGUUAAGAAAGCCUUGUCUCCCUUUCUCUAGAGUCUCCAGCCAGUCCAGGAUGCUCCCCAGAGAGCUACUAUUCUUGUUGGCACAAAAUAAAACCACUUACAAUGCCCUG